AGAGAGAAAUAAAUGUCCAGACGAAGAACAGCAGAAACUAAAUGUAUCCUUUGAAAAAAACUAAUGAGGGAAGGGGAAAGGAAAGGGAAAAGGGAGGAAUAUAGUAUUCGAGACUAAGUUGUGGAACAAAACAAGAAAAUUGAGAAUAAUCUUGUGCGAGAAUAAUCUCCUACUCGGAUCCGAACUAGAUUUAUAAAUUAGUUCCCAUAUAUCAGCUUAUGUUAUCGAAGUUGAUAACAUAUAUUUUACUCUACCCUGGCUGUAUAGAAUGAAAAUAAAUUUUGAGGUUCAAUUUCCGUGUUUAUUAGUAAAUUAGUUCCCAUAUAUCAGCUCAUGUUAGCGUGAGUUGAUAACAUAUAUUUUACUCUAACUCUCAUUUCCCAGUCCGCUGCAAAAAGAAGACUACAGAGGAGUGAGAGUGGUGUCGUAUCCUUUUAAUAGGCAAUUCGGGUAGUGGGUUGGAACAGGGGCAGUGGGACAGGGAGAUAGUGGAAUUCACACUAUCUCCAUGGUAACUACACUGUUACCAGGCCAUGGUAACGGGACAGGGAGAUCUAGAAACUACUACCCUGGCUGUAUAGAAUAAAAAUAAAUUUUGAGGUUCAAUUUCCGUGUUUAUUAUAAGGUGUAGGUUUCUGUCAUCAAAAUUUGACCGACCUACCCAGAUUUGGAGGGAUUUGAGAACCUUUCUCCGAAGAAUGGACUUGAAGGCGGCACUGGAACCAGUAUCGUGGACCAAAGUGGCGUUACCAUUUAUACCAAACUAAACGACCUAAGUCUAGCUGAAGAAGUGUCAGCAAGUGAGUUCAUAAUCACGCUCGCGACAAAAGAUGACUCUAUCGCGGUAGUUAGGUGGGGGGUUUACAAGGUCAUAUUGUACGCUAAGGAUGACACGGCCGACAUGGACGGAUGGACGGUAGAAGUUGAGUUCCCAACCGGUGCCAGUACAUCCGCACAAUCCAACCAGCCUGCUGAGAGAAUCCCUUGCGAGGCGAAACUGCCAGAUUCCACAGGUUCAAGAGACUACUCCUGUCCCCCCAACACAGCAGCUAAUAAAGUGUACGUUAAAGGUAGUGCGAACCCCUCGAAACUUGCUGAGAUCGUCAUCGGUGGAAACGCGUGGGAUAAGUUCCCGUGUGAAAAAGGAUACUAUAACCCUGGAACAGGAAAACAUUCAGAAUCUGGGCAGGACUGCCAAGUGUGCAAUGAUGGAGAAAGAAACCACGAACGGGGUAAAACAACAUGCACUCCCUGUGACAACUCAUCCAAAAACAUCUUCUACACUGUUAAAUUUGAUCACAAGACCGAGCCGGGCUGUCAAGUAUGCCUCAACUAUCAAGUAGCUAACGGCGACAAGAACGGCUGCAUGGAUUGUCCUGCUGGAAAGGAAUUCGAGACAGCGGGCUGCAGUGCUGAAAACCCAACUACUCCAACCCAGUUAUUAACCUGCUCAACUGUAGUGUGCAGGUCGUGUCCAGGAGGGAAGUUCAGGGAGGGGUUAACUGCUGAUGAGACUUGUACCGACUGUCUUGUUAACCAGUAUUCUAGUGUUGGAGCACCAGUCUGCAAAGGAUGUGAAAAACACAAGCACUCAUCAGCUGGCUCUGAGACCUGCACUGACUGUCUAGGACAGACUUACCAGGAUAUGAUAGCAAAUGAAGAUAUGAAAGAAAAUGAUAAAAAACUACCCGUGGACGAGUUCAACAAAUGCCUCAUGGAUACGGGGGAGGCGUGUGUCACCACCUCCGACACCAUCUCCGCUUACGGAACCUACGACCUCGGACAUGCUCAACUAGGUGAGGAGAAGGCGUUUAAUUGCGAGUUCGACUGCACGAAUCCUGACCCUGCAGUCGUAUGCGAUCUGAAGGCUGUGUUCACUUGCGUGGAGCUGGAGGGUGGGAAGUUGGGAUUUACGCCGUUUUAUAACUGUAGUAAAACAAGGGUGACGAAUGCGUAUGCGGAACUAAACAAGCAGGGAGACAAAAACAAAGAAUUGUCGGCAGCAUUCAAAAAAUUGUCAGAAGACAGUCUCAACUCCAACGGACUGGGUGACCUAGAACAGGCUGCUGAGAUCAUAGACUCUAUAUCAGAUCAGGCACAAGACGAGGUAAACGACGAGGUACUGAGUAACUUGAUCGGGGGAGUCUCCAACAUCGUGGAGGGAGAUCUGACCACCGACAACAACCAGAGGUCCAAUGUCUUGAACAGAGUUGUUGAAAGUCUGACAAAGGUGACGAGUAACACAAAAGACGCUAAUAGCCUGGCCACUUCCACUCAUAUCGCUGUAAUGAAGGUGACAGGAGGAGCAAAGGUUUCAGAGGGUGGUGGAACUACCAAGUUCUCUUUACCCAAAAGUGAACUGAAGGGCCUGAGCAAUUUAAAGGUGGAAACAAGUGGUGAAGAACCUUUACUAAUGGUGUCAGCUGAAGACGAAGGGGACCUAGCAAAGGACGUAGCAGUCCUAAUAUUCCAAGAAUCCAACCUCUUCCCCAACACCGACUCCACACCCGACCCAGAUCAGAUGAAAGAUGACUUUACGCUAGAUACUGAUGAUGAGAACAAGGCUAAACUGGUUAAUUCUCUGGUGGUGGAGGUGUCCGCGGUGGGGGAUAAAGAUAAGCCUUAUAAGCUGGGACUUUACAUGAAGCCUCUUGCUAAUGUGGGAGGCAGGAACACCAGCAUCAAAACAUUCCCGGACGGACGGAAAGCCCAGCUGAAGAACACGUGCCACUCCUUUAACACCCACACGGAGACUUGGGUAGCGGACUGUGAGACGGUGUAUGAUAAGAACGAGGGAGAUAGCAAGGUGCUGUGUAUUUGUCAGCACAACACUAGCUUUGCUGUGUUGAUGUCUCCGUACCCGAUAGACCCGGGUUUUAUAAAGUCCCAGACCCUGAUGUCCACGAUAAUCCUCUCUUUGUCCAUGAUUUGUCUCUCACUUACCAUAGUCUGUCUGGCCUCUGCCGCCCCAAUCAGAAAACAGAGGUCAACAAAGAUCAACAUUUGCUUCUCAUUCUCCUUGCUCCUGGCUAGUUUUCUCUUUCUUCUACAGAAUGCCUUGGUAAAGUCUGAUGACAGCGGAGCCAUCAAACCGGGCAGUGCGGGGUGCAUAGUGUACGCGGCUAUCCAACACUACCUCUGGCUGGUGGUGUUCCUGUGGAUGGUGGUGGAGGGGAUCCUCAUGUACCUGUCUCUGGUCCAGGUGUUCGGUUCUCACAUCUCCAAAUACAUGCUCAAGUUCAACUUGCUCUGCUGGGGUGUGCCGAUCAUCUUUCCAAUAAUUGGAUAUUUCGCCUUCACAAAGACAGUAACUAUUGGGGAUUACUCAGUUGUAAAGUCAGACUUUCUUGCUGAGAGCAUGUGUUUUCUAAAACCCGGAGGUAUUCCCUUCUGGGUCUUCUUCUUUCUGCCUCUGAUGCUGGCGCUCCUUCUUAACGUUGUCUUCUUCAUCUUGGUGCUGAGGGUCAUCAAGCAAUCUAAAAGUGCGACUGCUACUGAGAGCGAGCUACUUUUGAGACAAAUAAAGGCAGCAGUGGGAGUAAUGGCAUUACUCGGCACUGGUUGGCUGAUCGGCGUAUUCAUGACGAUUCCAGAACCUAGCACUCAGAUAACGCUCCAGUACAUCUUCAUCCUCCUUAAUUCAUCUCAGGGAAUCUGCGUGUUCCUCUUCUACGUAGUCCUGAACGAACAGGUCACCAACCACUGGCUAACCACCUUCGGACUGAAGACCAAGGUGGCCUCCAGCUCCUCCACCGCCACCACCGCCGCCACCGCUCCAGCUAAAGAUAAGGGCGCCACCACUGCCGCCGCUACUCCGGACACGGAAAACGUGUAUGAGAAUGCAGCCGCUGCUAGUGAUAAGGACACUGAUGAUCAUACUUAUGAUACAGCAUUCCCUGCUAAGUCCGAGGAAAAUGGAAAUAUCUAAUUAAUUAAUUAAAUUUAAUUGAUUAAUUUGACGAUUGUUUAAUCGUGUAAGGACGAGAGGAUGAGGUUGUUUUAACAUUGUGACUGAUGCUAAGGGUGUUUUAUUUAGAAUUUAAUUUAAAUUAAGCUGUUGAUUUCUGUUAAUUAGUUUGUUGUUGUUGUUGGGGUUAUAUUUGAUUUUUCAUCAGGCUACACAUUUUUAUGGAAUUAGAUUCUAAAAUAAUUUUUUAGACACUGUUAUUAUUACUUAGAAUUAUGUCUUUGUCAAAUUAAGUAUUUGUAUCGUCUACUUUAUAACCAUAAGUUUCAGAAGUGUUCGAUUAAUUUAAUUUUAUACUUAUUGCGUAGUUUUUGUAGAACAUAUCAGAUCGUUGUAUAGUUUAUAUCGAAACUGGCAAAUCUUUCUGCCGAAUUA